CCCACCGCGUCGCACGCCUGUUCGCUGUGCGCUGCGCACAAAGCGUGGAGAGCGAGCAAGGCAAGAGGACACAAUGGCUUUCCGUAUGACUGGACGCGUUCUGGGCGCAGUUGCGCGGGAAAGGAAUGACGUGCAGCCGGCGCUGAGGAAGGUUUGGAAGGCAUACGAGCCCGUCGAUGGCCUGGUCAUCCGGUCCAUUUCUCCCUACCAGCUCAACUUGGUACGGAACUUCGUCACCACCAUCCCCAAGAAGUUGAAGACUCGCUUCAUCGAGUACGGUCCGGAGGUGAUGAUGUGCGUGGGCAUUGUGUACGGGACUUACACCAGCCACAAGAAGGGCUUCGCGCAGCUCCACAAGGACCACCGGGACUAAACAGACCUUCCGCACACGCGGUGUAGGAGCACCGAUGUAGGGAAGUUUUAGGACGGCUUUGUGGCUCUGAGAGGAUUGUUGUCAUUCGGGAUUCAGCAAGGCUACUACCGUUGGUGUUUCGAGGACU